AUGCCGCCUUCGACCCUGACUGAGAUCUUCGGCGAUGGUAACAAUGCUUACUUCUCCAAUGGCAGCCUCGACCGACUCGCCUUCGUCCGAGUGCAGAACGACUUGAUGGACAAGGCGUCAACGCACGCCAGUGCCAGAUACUUGACUUUCCAGGAUCUGAAUGCCUUACGGCACGAAGAUGGCCGAUUCGCAUACCUCUCCUACGAUGAUGUGCAAGAAUUCAUAGGAAGACCCUAUCAAAAGGACGAGAAGACACAGAUCCAGACCUUCGACCCAGCUGAGCAUCAUUCAUCUCUCGUCUUUCUUGGUCUGGAUCUGGAAGGUUCUUCGAGCAAAGACGCAGCACAGCUCGGAUCAUAUAGUGGCAUUCCCUACUUCGCACUCGACGUUACGUCUUCACAUUACGACAAGUUGCGAGCCAGACAAGUCGAAAAGGGGAAAACGCAUAUCCCUACUCGAAUCGACCUGAAACUUCCCCGGGACGAGUCUGCAGUCUUCAGUCAUGCGAGAUCUUUGUUGGAUUGGCAUAAUAGGAACAGAUUCUGCAGCGCCUGUGGAGGCCGGACGCUAUCGACGCAUGGCGGCGCAAAAGUGGUCUGUCCACCGACCGACGCCGGUGUACCUCGAAAUAACGCUUGUCCAACCCGUGUAGGCUUGCACAAUCAAGCUUUUCCGAGAACAGAUCCUACAGUCAUCAUCGCUCCCCUUUCUGCCGAUGCAAAGCGAGUCUUAAUUGGACGAGGCAAACGAUGGCCGGACAACUACUUCAGCUGUCUGUCUGGAUUCGUCGAGCCAGGAGAGUCGUUAGAAAUCGCCACUCGUAGGGAGGCAUUCGAAGAGGCGGGAGUUCGCAUCGAUCGUGUACAGCUGCACUCCUCACAGCCCUGGCCAUAUCCGUCAACGUUACUCAUCGGCGCUAUGGGUCAGUGCGUUGCUGGUGGAGAGGAGAUCACAUAUCCCGAGUCCGAACUAGAAGAGGCGAAAUGGUUCGAGCUGGCCGAGAUCGAGCAUGCGUUGAACAAUGGAGCGAAUGCGAUGUGGGAACCUCCAAUCAAGGGAUAUGUUGGCCCUCGAUUACCGCCGAGUCAAUUGAUGGCACAUCAGGUGCUCAGAGGGGUGUUGAAACUGUUUCAUCGUCGGUAA